AUUCACCCAUCAGUUAAUCAAAGAAGAGACGGAUAGCAAAACUUCUUUCCCAAGUCGUAAAUUACUGGUGACUAGACUAGAAAUACUGUUUAUGUUUCACUAGAAUAGAAAAUUACAAUAUAUGGAUGUUAUGUGCCUGUUUUUUCAACCGUGCUUAUAAAGAUAAGAAAAAGAACGCAUCAUUUUCAAGUGAAGAUAAAAUAUUGUUCGGCGAUAGCGAUUCUUAAGGUCAAUAAAUGGCUGUUAAUAAAUAAAAGUAUUAUGUGAAGCUUCGCCUUAAAAAGUAAUUAAAAUUCACUUCUAAUUAAUUUGUCCAGUGAUUAUCUGAACUGAUCCAAUCUGCUGCACGCGAACAAAAGAGAUUUAUAUUCUUGCUGAGCUGGAAACAUGUCUUUGACAUUCGAACAAAUAAUCCUGGACGCUAAACGAGUUGCUAAUCGGCUCAAGGAUAGGGAGGCAUUGGGCGAUUCACUUCUUCUAGAAACGGAGGCAAUCAACAAGCAAAUGGAAUCAAUGCGUCUUUUCGAAGAUGAUAUCGACAUUCUCAACAAGCUGGCCCGGGAAAGGUCCAACAAUCAGCUGAUUACGAUAAUUCACCAAGAAAAUCCACAAAUUCGGGAAAUUCAGCAGGAAAACCGACUUCUCAAAGCCGCAUUAGAAGAUCAUCAGCACGCACUGGAUUUUAUUAUGAGCAAAUAUCGCGAACAUACGCAGAGUAAGAUCCUGAACACGAAAGUUAACUUUGUGGAAGCAUUUAGCAAACAUCAGCAAUUCUCGGAGCGUAAGGAUGAAGUGAUUCGGCAACAGACGAAUAAAAUCCAAGAGAUGGCAGCAGUUAUGCAACGAGCAUCGCAAAUUGACGAGGAGAAAUUCAACCAAGAGCAGGAAUUUGUGAGCAAGUUAAUGACAGAGAAUAAGGGACUUCGCGAAUUGCUAGAGAUUUCCCAAAAAUACGGUUCCAACGGGCAGAGAAUUCUUGUCGAUGAAAAGUCUACCCAAACCGAUACCUUUUUACUGGACGACUACACAGCUUCUGACAGUGCAAGUUCUUUGCCAAAAAACAGUUGUGAAGCAUCGACUUCCGUCGGUUCCGUCUCUAACACAGGUACAAUAAAAAUUAGCCCUUCAAGCUCUAAGACGACCACUGAAUCAACAGCCACAUCAACAGUUUCAUCUUCAUUACCAGUCAGCAAAGACGGAACCUGUACACCAUCGAUGCUAUCGUGACGUGAUUCAGAUGAUAAUCAGACGUCCGCUUUCUUUUGCUGUCAAUCGGCGUUACUCUAAAUCCUUUGAAUUGCAAUUUGCACUAAAGAUGUUAUAAUUUGACAUCUUGAUUGGUGUUUUUCAAGUCACCGAAAAAUCAGCAGAAAAUUAAUAAGAUAAAAUUUCCGCACUUCGUCUUUUUUGUGCUUAUGCAUGAUUUUUCCUAAAACAGUCUCAGUUUAAAAAAAAAAACAUUGAAAUUUCUAACACGUAGGUACCAUUUUUUAAACACGAAAAUUAAUAUUCCCUUCAUAUUGUUUGUUAGGUCACAGAUAGCACUCGCUGGCUUCUUUUUGCGCUUUGAUAAAUUUCACACUGUAUUUAUACAUGGAGCAGUAGAUGAGUAAAUGUUUCAUAGGCAUAUCGAUUCACCCGUAUUUGUUUUUUAAAUCCAGAACCAGCAAGUUCGUUAUAAACUAAAAAUAAACAAUUGUUUAGAAAAAUGAUCCUGUAAAAUAGCCUCACAUUAAUUUGCCUCGUAUGGUUCGGCUGUGGUUCUGUUGUGGAUUUAACUGCAUGUGAGCUCCGAGUCAAAGUUUCAUUUAUGGCCAAAUUUCAUCAUAAAUCGUUUCUCAGAAAUAAAAAAAACCUUGAAGAUAUA